AUGGAUCACGAUGAUAAUAACGCCAGCUAUAACCCAUGCAUGGGGUUUGGCCAACCUAGCAUGAAUGAUGCAACCGAAACAAGCCCGUCAAACUUCUCGUUAAGCACUUCUUCGAGUCAGAACUACACUGCGCCUACAAUAUCCAGCUAUGACUGGAUUACGCCUCAAGCGACCGCAUCCCACUACAGUAUGAUGCAAUCGAACUACAACAUCACAGUAAUGACAACUGCCGAUUUUGCACCACACUGGCCAAUGCUAGCAGAGAGUUACUAUCCCAACCCGAACAGCUUUCCACCGCAAAUAUCCAGCUAUGAAACGCCUCCUGUCAGGACAUUGCCUCAGGAAACCCAUCUGCCUAUUCACUUCUCGGAGAGCCAGCGAGCUAUACCUGCAUGGGUAUACUUCGUGACCGGUCACCCCCGGAAUACAGAAGGCCAGAACACCGUCACAGGCAGUCCGGCUUUCGAAGCCCGAUAUGCUGCUAAAACGAUUGCAGGCUAUAAACAAUCGACAGUCUUUCGAAAAUCAAGCACUGUCGCUGCUGAAGGUCAUCGCAAUCACAAAAUGCGAUUGCGUCGUAGCAUCGAAACGCAUCGCCCAGCGCCAUAUCAGAAAGACAUUCAAACGCUUUGUUACGGGUCGCCUUACUCUUCUCGCUCAUCGCGGAUGCCUUCCAUGCAACGUCCGAUCUCGCAUGCAACUACUGCAUCGAGACAGCUCACACUGUCCAAUCCUCUUCGUCAAUGGAUCUCGCUGAGAGGCAUGCCUCGUCUUAUCGUCACAUGCUGA